AUUCACGCAGAAAUCGCACGCGUACUAAUCUAGGUAGACAAGCCCCAUACCGCGCAGUACGGUGCAGUGCGGUGUGGUACGGCGCAGUUCGGCGCGGUUACAUACUAAGCCUCUGAUCUUUAUAACUCCGAAUCUGGCGGCAUUCCACCACUAUGGCAGUGCCAGCGACGCCUGACUCCGUCAGGCACGUUCCUUCUGACCCCGUCGCAGCGGCGCUGGCGGCGGCAGCAGCGGCGAGCCCAACCGUGAAGCGCGCCGAGCUGAGAGCCGCCGUGAGGGAGCUUCGCGACCGUUGCCUUUUCCAGGCGUCCGCGUGGGCAGCAGAGCAGCUCGUAGGCCUACCUGCCGUGCCCUCUCAGCAACCCCCAGAAGCAGCACCAGCAGACACCAGAGAGCAGAGAGGAGGAGAAGCGCAAGCAGGAGAAGCCAAAGCAGCUCAGCAGACCGAGAAGGCAUACGCAGGAGAAGCAGCAGAGGCGAAAGGAGAGGCAACAGGGGCGAAAGGAGGGGCGGACGGAGAGACCAAGGGUGGGGUGAGAGGGGAGCAAGCGGAGGAGGAGGAUGCGGACGAGGUGUUGUUUGCGCGGUCGCUCUUUGAUGUGAGGGAGUUCCGACGGGCAGCACAUGUCCUGCAAGGGGUGGCGGGGAGAACAGCGCUGUUUUUAAGGAAUUAUGCCCUGUACCUGGCAGGGGAGAAGUGCAAGGAGGAGAUCAUUCUCGAGACCUCCUCCCAGCAGCAGAACCUGCCCAGCACCCAGCAGCAGCAGCACCCGCCCAUAGCCCCCCACCCCUCCACCUCUUCCCCCGACAAUUCCGACUCUCCUGUGGCCAAUCCCGAGCUGCCACGCGUCCUGGCUGAGCUGGAGCGGGAGCGGGCGGCGGGGAGGCUGGAUGCUUGGGGGAGGUAUCUUCUGGGGGUGGUGUUGGCGCAGAGAGGGAGGGAGGGGGAGGCGCGGGCGGUGCUGUGUGAGAGCGUGAGGGAGUACCCGUGGAACUGGGCGGCAUGGCAACAGAUCGAGGCCCUGUGCCUAGACUACGACACCUACCUCUCGCUCCUCCCCGCCCUCCCCACUCACUGGAUGACCCUCUUCUCCCUCUCCUCCCUCCUCCUCUCCCUCCACCGCAACUCCGAAGCCCUCACUCUCUGCCUCCACCUCGCCUCCCCCCCUUCCUCCUCCCCCUCCCCCUCCUCCUCUCUCUCAACUGGUGAACCAGGGAGGGGUGAUGAAAUUAGUGAGAGGAGAGGAGGGGCAGCAGCAGCAGCAGGAGGAGAAGGAGAAACAGCAAGAGGGCUAGGGGACGGAGGAGGAGGAGGAGGAGGAGGAGGAGGAGGGGGAGCAGGAGGGGGGGAGGGAGGGGGAGGGGGAGGGUUUCCUCACAGCACCUGGGUGGCAGCAGCAACAGCGACAGCUCACUACAACCUGAGGGACUUUGACUCGGCAGAAGCAGUGUUCACAGAGUUGACUUCCGUUGACCCGUGUAGACUGGAGGCCAUGGACACGUUUUCCAACAUAUUAUACGUCAAGGAGGACUUUGCGGGGCUCAGCCACCUGGCACACAGGGUGACCUGCAUAGACAAGUACCGUCCUGAGACGUGCUGCAUUGUGGGCAACUACUUCUCCCUCAAGGGCCGCCACGAGCGCGCAGUCGCCUACUUCCGCCGCGCCUUGCGCCUCGACCGCCGCUACCUGUCGGCGUGGACGCUCAUGGGGCACGAGUACGUGGAGCUGAAGAACAGCGCGGGGGCGAUUCAGUCGUACCGGCGGGCCGUGGAUAUCAACCCGAGGGACUACCGCGCGUGGUACGGGCUCGGGCAGACGUACGAGAUCCUCGCCAUGCCCUGCUACGCGCUCUACUACUACCGUAAAGCGGCCUCUCUGCGACCCCACGACUCGCGCAUGUGGUGUGCCAUGGGGCAGUGCUACGAGGCUCAGCAACUGCAGCAGCCCCAAGCAGCCGUCCGGUGCUAUCGCCGCGCCAUCGCCAGCAAUGAGAGCGAGGGGCUGGCGCUGCACAAGCUGUCUAAACUCUAUGAGGGCAUGGGGCAGAUGAGGCAUGCGGCGCACUUUUACAAGCGCAAUUUGGACCGCAUGGACGGGGAGCAGGUGGAGGGGCCGGAGCUGGUGGAGGCACUUCUCUUCCUGGCCACGUACCACCGCUCCCAGGGGGACUUUGCCGAGGCCGAGAGAUACUCCACACGCCUGCUGGACUUUGGCGGCCCUGCGAAGGAAGAUGCCAAGGCUCUUCUGAGGGAGAUUCGGAGCGUGCACCACCACCAGCAUCAGCAGCACCAUCACGGCAUGGGGACACUGGGUUCAUUGGGGUUUGAAGAUGAGGAUGAGGAUGAGGAGGAGGAUGGUGAUGAUGGUGGUGACGAUGGAGAUGAAGAGAUGGACCUUGAGGGCAGUUUUUAGCUGGUUCGGAAAUAAUUUCAAGGAUUCAUUGUGGCGAUGUGCGAUUUAUGUACAAGCCUGACAAAACAAGGUUGGAAAAUGCCGGUAAACGACUGAGUUGAGAUGGUUUGUUUGUAUUAUACAAGGUUAGACCCAAGCGUGUUGAAUGAAGUAUGUGGAGAGGGUUCAACUGUCGCAAUCUAUUGGGGACAUUGUUCAUUUGUGUAUUUGAUAUUUCCGUGGUGUCUUAAAACCACAGGCU